AUGGAGAAUCGUUCGAGAGCACCAAAGAGACGGACGAUAGAAGUGGCAGUUGUUCCACAUCAAGGUCAGCAUCACAUGAAUGAAGAUGACAAAAGGCGUAAAGUCACAAUUAGUUCAAUCAUCAACUUAGUUCCAAAUCCGAAAGAAUUGUUGGAUGUGCGAGUUUUCAUGCCAAAUAGGACACAUAUAGAUUUUCAAAUGCAAAGAGGACAAAUAUUCGGAAUCCGCAUUCGAAGUUUAGUAGAGCGCAUUCAAAUGGAGGUUAGAAAACAAGAGGACAAGUUCUCAAGGCCGAAACAGAGGUCCAUUUGUUGGGGCUCUCACUUGACAAUUGAAGAUUUCGAGGGCAAUAUAAUCGAUGAUAAAAACUCAACUCAUCUCAUAAAAGAAUCUAGGCGGUCCGUGCUCCUCAUGCUUCAGGACGGCCAUCCCGAUUCCAAACAUGCGUAUCCGGACUUAUGGAACGUGACGCCCGAAGCACACGUACUUGAAGUAUUGCCUCAGGAGUACACAUUAUUCAGUGCUCUCGCCGAUGAAAUCGAUAACAGCCUUCAAGCUGUAUGGGCUCUAGAGAAGGGUAAAAGGCGUCUAAUCAGUGUGACUCUGGAGGAAAAGAAGAUAACCAUCUUUGACACAGGCGAAGGCAUGGACAGUAGCCCCAAACAUUCAAUUGCAAAGUGCUCUUCUAGCCGGUGUUCAGUACAGAAAGGGGUUGGAGGAGAACCACCAUAUCUCAAGCCAUACUUUGGGAUGUACGGAUUCGGAGGGAUUGGAGCAGGCCUUCAUCUUGGAGGGUGGGUGAUUUCAUCCUUUCGCAUGCACACUUCUGUGCCUGAUAUUACAGUUAGAAGUUACAAUUUGAGGAGCAUAACGGUUUCCUCAAAGACUGCACGUUCACGAAUAGUGGCUGUGCUACACUUACGUGGAGAAUCGCUUAAGAAUGAAGUCGAAUCGGGUAGCAUAUGGAAGACUCCUGGAGAGAUUAGAAAACCAACAGAAGAGGAGCUUGGUUUGUCUGCUCAUGGAAGCUUCACCAAGGUAGAGAUCUCAGACCUAAAUUGUACAGCAUCAAAGUGGAAAGUUGCUGAUGUGCAGCGUAAACUGAAAGACUUCUACACCCCAUACAUUCAGAAUGAUGAAAGCACUGGGUCGUCCAGCAUCACAACAAGACCUGUAGAAAUACUGGUUAAUGGAAUGGAUUUAGCAGAAGUUCUUGGUGGCGAGGUCACCACAACAAACAGAUUUACAGGAGUUGGAGAUCCUUACGUGCUGCUUCUCGAGUUUUCCAAGGGGCCAGCACAAAUAAAAAAUUCAGAGAGAGAGAAAUUUGGAUCGGAGAGGGCAAAUGCUCGAAUAACCUGUCAUUACUUCCCUAUCAAUAAGGGAAAGGAGUCCCUUGAGCAAGUACUUGAAGUCCUUAGAGUUGAAGAUCCAGAGAACUUUGCAGAAGAAACCUUUGACGGAUUCUCAAGAGUUGCUAUCCGGCGACUCGGGAGGUUGCUUCCAGAUGCUCGCACGAAACGGAUUCCCUUCAUGGACCGAAGGAAAGGGCCACGAGUCAAUGACUUGAGCAAAGAGGCCUUCAAGAGGGUGAAGGCCUUCAUAGAUCUUGAUGCAGGAUUUGUGCCCACACAAUCCAAAAUGGAUCUGUUAGUAAAUGCAAAACAAACGUUCACUGAGGCUCUCUUGAACCUUGGUGAUCCAGCAUCAACCACCAAGUCCCUGAAAGCAAGAGGUGGUGUAUCCGUUGUGGUGAAGGCAAAGAAAAGCGCUGCAGAAGAUUUUGAGACGAUUCAGCUGGACCAACUGCGAUCUCACUAUGCAGACUGGGUUCAAAGAAUGCAUAGGCAGUUUGACGUUGGGGCCACAUUUGAUGAAAAUUCAUCAAACUUCAUCAUUACCAGUGAUGAGCAUAGGAAAGAGCCGUUGAAUAUCACGAGCGACGGUACCAAUUUUUUUCUGAAUCACUCUUUGUUGUGUUCCUGUCCCAAUUGUAGAGAAACAUCAUACUCAGGACUAUCCCAAUUAGUUAUCAUUCUCACAACCACUUAG